AGGCGCGGCGCGGGGGCGGGGCUGGGCUGGGCUGGGCGCGAGCAUGGCGCAGGGCCACGGGCCCGGGCCCGGGCCGUGCUGCUGCUGUGGGGCGGCGGAGGCGGGGGGUGGUGGCGGCGGCUGCGGCGCGGCCUGGGGGCUCUACCUGCGCAUCGACCAGCAGCGGCUGCAGUGCCUCAACGAGCGGCGCGAGGGCAGCGGCGCCCUCGUUUUCCGCGCCUGGGAGGAGCGCGGGGACCGGGCGCAGUUCGUGGAAAGCGACGACGAUGAGGAGCUGCUGUUCAACGUCCCGUUUACGGGUAACGUGAAGUUAAAAGGGAUAAUGGUGAUGGGAGAAGACGACGGUACACACCCGGCAGAGCUGAGGCUCUUCAAGAACAUUCCUCACAUGUCCUUCGAUGAUGCAGCCAGGGAGCCAGAUCAGAUGUUCACCCUGAACCGGGAUCUCACGGGAGAACUGGAGUACCCCACCAAAAUUGCCCGUUUCUCAAAUGUUUACCAUCUCUCGAUGCACUUUCCGAAGAACUUUGGAGCUGAGACAACAAAGAUUUUCUAUAUAGGCCUGAAAGGAGAGUGGACGGAGGCUCAUCGCCAUGAAGUGACCAUCUGCAACUACGAGGCAUCAGCAAACCCAGCUGAUCACAAGCUGGAACAGAUCACUCCACAGACUCACUUCAUUUCCUAACAGUGCUGUCAGGAAUAUCCCAAAGGCUCUGGUAGAAGUGCAUGGAAUUGAUGGACUGGCUGGGAAGGAAAUGGAUUCCUGAAGCGCUGGAGAGUGGUGGAAUAGGGUUUUUUUUUUUUUUGGUCUUUGCCUUGGAAAGCAGAGUGCCAAACAUAUGAAAUGCCUGUGUGAAGCUGGGUGCUUGCUAAGGGCAAUGGCCUGUUGGGUCCUUCACGAUGUAGCAGAUGUGGCCUCGUAGGGGAAGAUGUGUUCCUUAGGCAGUGGCAAAUCGGUGUCCAAUAUUGUUUACUUCUCUAAAUGCCAAUAAAACUUAUUCUGAGGUUUAGAACUA